AUGUCCACUGUUUUCAUUCAACAAACAGCUCUUGAAACGAUAAUACCCGGUUCACCUGUACCUUCAACAAGUUACGGUAAAACAGAAGAACAACCACCAGUAGACUUCACUACCUUACAGAUCGACAGUGACGAUGAAGAGAUGGCCUAUGAGAAAUUCAGUCCCGUUCGACGGCUCAGUGAAAGCAGCCAAUGUGAGGAUCCACAGGUAAACUACCACCCAUUAAGAAACCAAGCGUCAGUGGAUGCAACCUCUACGUCAACAUUACAAGAUGACGAGUUCGACCAAAUCCAAUACUUCAAUGAAUUGGAGCAGACACUUGCUGAUGACUGCGACGCCUCCACGUCUUGUGACGCUAACUCUUUGCAGAAAGGUAAAAAGAACAGAUCUAAGGAGGAGAAGCUGCUACGUGACUUCGAUAUGUGGCAGGCGAGCAACAUAGAAGUUAUGGAGAACCUCCUGAGUAGAAGCGGUACUCUAGACGAUCAAAUCAAAUGGGAAGCUAUUGCAACAGCUAGGGGCUUAUGCACUCUCACAGACAGCUGCACUUGUGGCGACUGCACGAGGGCAAAGUACCUCGCCGGCGUGACGGACGGCGACGGAGGCUUAGGGGCUGCGCCCUUAUUCAGUGCUAUUAACGUCGGUUGCAUAGUCCAGUGA